UUUAUCAUGUCACUCUGUUCAUGACUUUUGGCCGUAGAGGCAGUUGAGCUUAACUAUAAAGAUGCUCUCACCAAAUCCAUUCUCUUCUUUGAAGGCCAAAGAUCUGGCAAACUUCCUUCCAACCAGAGGAUGAAAUGGAGGGACGAUUCUGCUAUUUCAGAUGGAUCUAUUGAUAAUAUGGAUUUGAGUGGAGGAUAUUAUGACGCAGGAGACAAUGUGAAAUUUGGCCUGCCAAUGGCAUUCACCACCACCAUGUUAUCAUGGAGUGUUUUGGAGUUUGGGGACUCCAUGGGUGACGACCUUCAGCAUACACAGGAGGCCAUUCGGUGGGCUACUAAUUAUUUGCUUAAAGCCACUAGUACUCCAGGAGUUAUAUAUGUACAGGUGGGAGAACCAAACGCUGAUCACCAAUGUUGGGAGAGGCCAGAGGACAUGGAUACACCUCGUAAUGUGUACAAAGUGGACAGUGAACACCCAGGUUCAGAUGUUGCUGCUGAAACUGCUGCAGCGCUCGCAGCUGCCUCCAUUGUCUUUAAGACCUCAGAUGCUUCUUAUUCUCAGACUCUUAUUAAAAGGGCACUGCAGGUGUUUGAUUUUGCAGACAAGUAUAGAGGCUCAUACAGUGACUCCCUCCCUUCGGCUGUUUGUCCAUUUUAUUGCUCCUAUUCAGGGUACCAAGAUGAGCUACUGUGGGGAGCGAGUUGGUUGCAAAAAGCUACAGAGGAUGCUUCAUAUGCCAAUUAUAUAGUAUCAAAUGCCCAGUCUCUCGGGCUCUCCAAUUCGGACAAUGUUCUUAGCUGGGACCAGAAACAUGGAGGAGCAAAAAUUCUCUUAGCUAGACAAGCUCUCUUUAAUAAGGUGGGUUCAUUUAAGCAAUUCAGAUAUCUGGGUGACAAUGUCGUUUGCUCUCUACUGUCAGCAAAACACACGCCAGGUGGUCUUUUUCAUGGUGACAAUGAUCAAAGCAACAUGCAAUACGUUACUAGCACGACUUUCCUGCUAUUCACUUAUGCCAAAUACCUGAGAGCUUCCAACCAGGUGGCAAGGUGUGGAAACAACCAAUUCACAGCGGACUCCAUUAGAGGCCUUGCGAAGAGACAGAUUGACUACAUAUUGGGAGAGAAUCCUCUUGGAAUGUCAUAUAUGGUGGGAUACAGCACCAAGUUUCCACAGCAUAUUCAUCACAGGGGAUCUUCUUUGCCUUCGAAAUCACAGCAUCCUGGUAAGAUAGGGUGCAAUGAUGGUUUUAGUGAAGGGUUGAAGAAUAAUGGUCCAAACCCAAAUGUUCUUGUUGGAGCAAUUGUGGGAGGUCCUGAUUUCAAUGACCAGUUCAGAGAUGAUCGAAAUGACUAUUCACAUUCAGAGCCUACUACUUAUAUAAAUGCACCACUCGUUGGUUGCCUUGCUGCUUUGGCUUAA